AUGGCCAGCGAGGAUUCCGAUACCUUCAGCAAUGCCCCAACUCUCACUGGGGACCCUCCUGUCGACACGCAACGCUCGCAGAGCCUCAUGGUGAUUGUUCGCCACCCUGCCGACGCCGCUUCAGCUGGCACCGGCUCCCACAAGCACUACAUCCCCCGCCACCCGGUGCUCUCAAAGGGCGAGCUCCGAGCUUCCGACACCCAAUACGCUUCAGACAUCCUGGCAUCCAUCCUCGCUGACCCAGCUCGCAACGGGUCUGCCUUCGACCGGGGACGUUGCACGCUGAAGGAACAGGGAGACACCAAGCCUUCGUCCUCUGUCGAACAGUCGUGGAACGUCGGGCUUGGCAUGUGCGAUACUGUGUUGAAGCAUGGCAGUCCAACAGAGAAGGCAGCUACUCUUCGGUCUGGAAUGACACUACGCACGGAAGACGGCAGCACGGAUAUGCUCGAAUGGCAUCCUCACCUGUUCUACACGGAACACAAGGGUGACAACGGAAGGUCAGUCUCGCUCACGGAGGCUGAAAGCGGGACCGUCAAGCGAUGGCGGGGGGCAUCACCUCUGAAACUCGCCCGCACAACGCCUACUGAGGAGAUGACGCGAACACUCUACGAGGCGAUGGACAACAACUUGCGGGACUGGAUGAACAACAACACUGGUUUCACGCUGGCACGUUGCGAUUACUGA